GCAGGCGCCAUUUUGUUCGCCUGUAAAACCGAGAAGAGAGAAGUCCAGUUCUGGAGCGUCUACGUGCAUCAACCCGAACAUACUUAAUUCCACUCGGUAUAAGCUGGUAAUUGUGCUAGAUUUAUUAAAAGUUAUCAAACAUUUUAUUUGUUUAUCAGUUAACCUAUUUUAGUUCAAUGUAGUAGUUGUGUUAAAGUUAGAAUGCUACUCGAAGUUAGCAACAUGCUAUGCUAAGCCAUAGAAUAGCUACUGUGUUGUUUGUCACGUAUCGCUAGAAAGCUCUUAGGUUUAAAGUAUACUUAUUUGAUGUUUACACGUUGUUUGUUUUUGUGUUUUUCAUAUGAAUAUUUGCACAAUAAAACGAGUCAAAUGAAACAUUGACACCACGGCCUAACACGACAAUCUUACAUAACGCGACAAUGUUUCGAUUGGUGGAUUUCGAAGAUUAUAGUAAUGUAAUUAAGCUAUGAAAAAUAUAAUUGUUAAGUUUUAUUACAUCCAAAACGCUUUUGCUUAAGCUUUGAUUUAUGAUCGUGGUGAUAUUUGCUUUUGUUCAUCUGUAAAAAUGUACCUUAAGCCUUUAACGUUACAUUUUACAAAUGCAGAUUUUGUAAACGGUACUUUAACUUUAAAUUCUCGUACACAAAAUCGUCAACAUACUGAUUUUGAUACUAACUUUAAAACGUGAUUAAUGCUGUUUAUCGUGUUUUAACCACGACACCAAGAACAAAAUUGUGUUGAAACACGACAUUGUUGUUACAGGAAUCCAUUGUUGUCUUUACGUUACGUGUUAUGUAAACCCUAACACAUGUUAUGUCUGCCAUGUUUUUCAUGUAAUAAUGCAUAUUAUGUCCCUAUCCUUAUUUAAAUAACCAACUGUUCAGCACAUGGGGAGUGUUUUUGUCUUCUUUUUGAAAUGUAGGUUAUUCGUGAUCUUGUCCUUCAUUCCAGAGGAUUGCUGGAGUUGGAUAAUGAAUUAGCUUUGCUGAAGAUUGCUGUCUUUUUGAAUAAAAAAAAAAAAUCUCCCAAUUGAUUUUUUUUUUCCCUCCUAUUGAGCUUUUUUUUUAAGUUCCUGUUUACCCCAUUUUAAAUUUUCCACCCGGCUUCCAGUGACGUAGAAGAUAUUGUUCCUUUUUUCCCCGUUUCAACAUCUCCAAGAUAUCCAUGUUUUGCCCCUUUUUGGCUUCAUCUAGUUCAAGAAUUUUUUUGAAACUCCCCCAAACCCAAUCACCUCUUAUCAACAAUCUCGGAGAAAGAAAAAAAAAAAUAAAAAGGACAUUUUCCACCAUCUGCCAGUUUUAGCAAAGCAGUCUGAUGGGAACAGGUCACUAAAAGCGAGGCAAAAGUUGCCCCCGCUCCCCUUGUUCGCUCUGUACUCAUCAGUCAAGUAUUCCUUCAGGAUCCACACAGUGCGGAGCAACCCUACAAGAAGCGCUUGAGAUUGUGCCGGGGAACAUCUCAGCCACUGCAGGAGCAUGAAUAGACUUCUCACGCUCUAAAUAGGGAGAUUGCAAGUGCUGCUGCUAGUGUCCAGGACGAGAUCCCGCCUUCUGACCUUGAAGAGUACAAACCUGUUCCAGAAUGACCUUGCAAGGAGAUGAUUGCUACUUUUUCUACUAUUCUACCUGUACGAAGGGUGACAGUUGCCCUUUUCGACACUGUGAGGCUGCCAUGGGUAGUGAAACAGUCUGCAACCUGUGGCAAGAGCAAAGAUGCUUCCGUAACAUCUGCAAGUUUCGACACAUGGAAAUAGAUAAAAACCGAAAGGAAAUUGCCUGCUAUUGGGAGAAUCAGCCGGCUGGCUGCCAGAAACCUCAUUGUGCUUUCCAUCAUGAGAAGCCACGCGUCAUCAAUGGCAACUACUUGGCUCCCGACAAGGGGCAGGUAACGCGAAAUGAAAAGGAAGAGGCCCCGCCUGAGGAGAAGGUGAACCAAGUCCAUGCACCCAGUGCAAACCCCACUAACCCACAGCUCAGAGGAGUCAAGAGAACUGAGACCCAAGAGAAUGUGCCCAGCCCUACUCAUCCGCCGGUGGUCAUUAAUCCUGUGGAUGACGAUGAUGAAGAUGAUCAGUUUUCAGAGGAAGGAGACGAAUCUCUGGGAGGCUCACCCCGGAAACUGGUUUCAAGCAACCAUGAUUCUCUGGACUUUGGUAUCCAGACGUUAGAGGAGAUCAGGCUGAGGAAAGCACUUAUGUCUAACCUGAAGAAAGCUAGGCAGAGCACCGUGCAAGGCUUAGCGCAAAACAGUAGACCUACUGUUGAAAAGGAAAACAUUCAGUCUCUCUCACGUCUGGAAGUUAACAAUGCCAAGAUUGAUUCGUCUGUUAAAGAAGUUGGAAAAAGACGAAUUGCAGACAGGCUUGGCAAAAGAAUUUUGGAAAGAGAUGUCCCUGGGGAAGAAGGCCCACUUUUGAAACGAAGCCUUGCUGAACGUCUCGGUGGAGUUGUUGAAUCCUCGACAGAUGUGCUAACAAAGAAAGCUCAUAAACCAGUGCGCGAAAGACUUGGAUUGACAACUGACAUGAGUAGCGGUGACAGCGAGCCGAAAUCAUCCGGAGACAUUCGUAUAAAAACCCUAGAGGAGAUUCGGCAAGAGAAGGCAGCCAAAAACCUCAGUGAAAGUAAAGUUGUUCGUGUUGUGAAAGAAGUGCCGCAGAAGGAGAUCAGCCCCUCCAGAAAAAGUGUCAAACCUGUUGCCGGACCUCAAGUUAAGACUUUCUCUGAAAUCCUUCAUGAAAAGAAAAGAAAAAUGCAGGAGAAAAAAGAGCAGGAAAUGAACAAAGUUGACAAAAGCCCAGAGAGGAGCGAAGAACCCUCUUCUGCCGGAGCCGCUAACAAGACCUCUGUGACAACUGGGGAGGUUCGAGUAAAAACACUAGAGGAAAUCCGCAAGGAAAAAGCAGCACGUAUGCAAACACAGCUUGGAGAGACCACAGACAACAAGACUCCAACGUCUAGCGAAGCAGAGAUGAGUGGACCUCCAAAGAGGCGCAUUCUACGCAUAAACAAAACCUCACCUGCGGCAGUAACUCAGACAAAGCCAGAUGCAUCUGAGAAGAAUCAAGAACCUGCAACUGAGGCAAAUGGAAAAAUUGAACCAUCCAGCGAGGUUGUCAAAGUGAAGACAUUUGAGGAAAUCAUGCGAGAGAAGAGACUCCGCAAGCUACAGGAAGAGCAGGUCACCUCCAGCAACCAGAAAGAUGUAGGAGCGUCUGCGUCACCGCCUGCCCCUGAACCCUCCGUCCAGCCUCAAACCACAGUCAGACAGAGGAUCACCUUCAAAGCCAAGCCCAGUCCACCUGUCUCUGAUGCCGCCGCGACUGAGAAAAGCUCACCUGAGUGCUCUGAAGACAGCACUCCAUCAACUAACACACCAAAGCCCUCAACCUCACCAGUCAGGCCAGUCCAGAUAGCAGAGGGCACUUUCACACCAGCUGAGACCAAAGUAAAACCCAAAGUGAAUGUGAAGCCAUCAGUAGUGAAACCGGCAGCCCCGUCUGCCCAGAAGAGGAAAGCUGCAAAAGUUCAUUCUGCUGUUGCUGAAGUCAAACCUCUGAACACUGCCUGUCAAACACCUUCCUCGCCGGUGACGCCCAACAAGCACCUUAAGGUGAGAUUGAACUUAACUUUACAGUCAAGUCUUGUGUUUCAGUGUAUUAAAAUAAAUGGAAUACAAAAGAUGUAUAUAUUUUUUUCUUUUGUACUCCUCCAGUUGGCGUCACCCACUUCUAAGAACGUGAUUCAGUCCGACACUCAGCAGGUGCUCUCCAACACAGAGGAAAUUCAGAUGAUGCCUGUCAGCUGUUCUGAGCCCGCAAGCACUACAUCAGUGGAGACUGUUGUGGUCCCACAAAGCCCUGUGAUCAAAACCCCCAGCAUGCAACGCUCUCGGCGGUGCAGCACCACUUCUGGUCGUCCUCCUGUUGUUACCAGUUCAUCAAUGGAUGACUUCGAAGACCUGUUGGAUGAAUUUACCGAUGAUCGACUUGAAGAUGAGUUGGAACUGGAUUCAGGCAAAGGAGAGGACGACCUCCUUUUAGAACUUUCAGAGAUGAUUGACAGUUAAAAACGGGAAGCGUCGUCCCGUCACUUAAAAAAAAACACUGCCACUAUAUACAGCAUUUUAAAUUAAGAUUUCUUUUAUUUCUCAACUCUAGUAGAUUUGUUUUAAUGUUCCUUUUUAGGUUUUUCUUGUCGAUGUAAAUAUAAUUUCCUCAUUGUCAGGUAGUGCUUGAGAAACACCAGUUAUGUUCAAAAUGAGUCCUAUCAGUUUCUUUUAGUUGACAAUGUAAAGCUGUCAAAAGAAGAAGAGAAAGUUCUUGCAGGUAAUACCAAGUCAUUAUCAUCAUCAUCAUCAUCAGACAGCCUCAGGUAUAAUGAUUGUGUUGGAAGUUGCGUUAUAGCACUAUCUCAUCAUGCGUUACAGAGACAGGAAGUUUUCAGUUGUGUACUGUGUAUGCCGAAUAAUAGCUUUUUAUUAGAGAUGGACAGCAAGGACGUGUUUUUUUUGAGUCAUAUGUAUGAUCUGAGUCAUUAAAAGUUCUUUGGCCGUCAAUGUUGUUAUUUUAACAGGUGAUUUCCCUCACCUUUAUGCUUAAUGAUCAGACAGUGGGCUGAAGGUCAUGGGUGCUCUUUCUUUGAGUUGUGCAGAAGAAAUCCUAUCACAGAUUUUAUGCUAUGCUUCAUUCCCUUUGGGGACCUUCUAUACAUUUUCACGAGUGAAAUUAACAUUAUUUUAGCUAUUUUUUUUUUCUUAGACUUCUGAAUGCAACAUGUAGGUGUGAAGCAGCUGUGUUCUCAGGGGAAAAAUACUUAAGCUUUGUUCAUCUUUGCUUGCGUCAGUUUUCUUUUUGUAUUUCCUCAUCUGUGUCUUCUAUGUUUUAAUUCGCUUCUUAUUUACCGACAUCAUGUGAUAACGUCGUUUGUUUUGUCUGCCUUAACCUGAGUUACGCCUCUUCAGAACCAUCUUUGUAAAUAAAAAUGUCUCUAUGAGAAA